CAUCCCAGCGCUCGUUUCGAUCGGCAGUUCAAAAGAGUAGUAGUGUACUCACGUGCGAAGAGGAACCUCGAUAUCAAGACUCGGGUGUGCUAUAUAAACUCGUCUUUUGGAAACCAUCAUGCUGUUCAGCGCAACCAUCGCCGGAUUCCUUCUCGCCUUUCUCGCGCAGGGCUCCCCCGUGCCCACCGAGCACAACAAGAUUGGCGGUGUCCUGAUCUGCAACGACCCCAAUGGCCAAGGGCACUGCGAAUACGCCGUCUACGAGCUCGAGAAGUGUUACAACCUGCCACCAGCGCUAGUGAACAACGCCGCCACCUUCGCGCCCGACGAUGCGCCUUUCUACUGCUAUCCCUACCUCACGGCAUGCGGCGGCGUCUGCAAGUCGCCCACGGGCUGCACCAUGGGAGCGGUCUCGUCCGACUACGAGCACAAGUUCAACCUGACCGAAGUCGGGUGGAACAAGUACAUCACGUCGUUCGACUGCCACCUGAACAAGACUGGCGAUGCGACUUCGCAAUGAUGGGGAGGGUGAUUUGGAGGAUGUGAGGAUGUAGUUUAAGGGGGGGGGGGCCGCUGGGGUCUUCUCUUUAAUUUUUCUCCGAAUCCCCGUCUGGUCGUUUCGGUCAGUUGGUCGGUUAGUCAGUCGGCCGGUCGGCAUUGGUAUUGGCAUCGGUGUUCGGCGUUUGGUCUGUGACGGCAUUGCAGUGUGGGCCUGGUCUCCUCGUCCCCUUCUACCCCGCCAUCGGCAGUCGAUUAGAGCAGGAGCAGCAGCAGCAGCAGCAGCAGCGGGGUAGCUGUGUUGAAUCCUAGCCGAGACCUUAACUUUCUCUUUCUUUAUAGACAAGACCGCAGCAAAUCGGGAGUUAUAAUACUUUUACCCAGGUC